AUGACUGUAUUUUCAGGUGGCAGUCCCCAUAAAGGAGAGUUUUCCAGGUCCAGCAUUCUGUCAGUGGACUCCAGUAUAUCCAUACCAUUCAGCCUAGACAGUCUUGGUCCAGCUGCAUGUAUCCCAGAGAGGACCAGGUGGGCUUCUCCUUUAUCAGAUACAGAAGCUAUACAGAGUGAACGCAAACUGGCACCCUCCUCCCAGCCUGAUGAAGACGCUUACCCCUCCACACUGCAGAUCAACCAGCAGCAGAGGCUCAGCAGCUUAACCAGCAGCAAGAAUACCAAGCAGCUAGGAGACAGGUUUGACUCUGGCCUCUCGUUAGCUACCAAGGCUAGAUCUGGUGAUAGAGACAUGGAGUCACCCUUGCAAACAAUCCGUAAUAUGGAGGACAGCGCAGACUCUUCUUUUGAAAGCUCCAAGGUCUUGUUGGAGAUACGUAAACUACUCUCUCAGGCAGAGAACGUGGUAUCUGCUGGGUCUUCAUUGACUUUCUCAGCUGACACUGCAGUACCCCGUAUUCUCUCUGAUGAUGACAUAUUCCUCUCACUGAGGAGGAAAACCAGCGGAAUCCAGGACUCCUCCUCCUCUGCUACUGGAGAUCCCAGAACUCAAUCCUCUCUGCUGUGGGCCAGGUCCUCGUCCGACUCCAUGUUGACCUCAGAGAAACAGAGAGAACGCUCUAUUGAUCGAGAGAGUCUGACUUCAUCAGGGCAACUGAAUUAUCCAUCCAUGCAAGCUCUUGUUACUGCACCGGCUACAGGAGCACACAGAAGGCCACAAGAUAGCACUGUUAGUAAAGGUGCAGGGUCGUCACUUGUCCUCUCCCAGUCAGCCCGGCGGACAGAGCCUGAGGGCUGCAGUGCUGCUCCCCCUGACAACGCUGUCCCUCCACAGCCACCAGUCAUCAAGCCUUCACCAGCUUUGAGUACACAACAGCUCACCUCUACUCCUACAGACAUAGCGGGUGUCACAGAGGAGGAGAAACAGACUACUCAGGAAGGUCCUAUACAGAGUAGCUCCUCCUCACCCAUCCUCGAGGACACUGAUCAGGGAGUGUUGAGUGACGGGAGCAGUGACAGCUCGCUGGCAGUCAGAGUGGCCAAGUUACUGCAGAGUGAAUCUCCGGCCACCAUGGUGUCCAGUACUCCCAGCAUCACUGACCAAGAGGAGAGCAAAGCCAGAGAGUGGAUUAAGAUGAAGCUAUCAGGACAGCAGUGUGAGUCCCUGGAGUUGGACAAAGAAGACAGAAGGCGUAUUGAAGAGAUCAAGAGAGAGCUGCUGUUAAAAAACCCCAUAAAGAGUCACGGGAGCACAGAUACAGAGAGCAGUUCAGCAUCCAGUGUCAGAGUGCCAAGGCGGCAGGAUCUGCCUCAGCAAACAGACACAUUCUCUUCCCUCUGUGAUGUUAACAACCAGCCAUCCCAGCCUCUGCAGGGCCUUAGUACAGAUCUCUCCAACUCCAACUCCAGCGUGCAGCUUCAAAACCCUCUUCGCCCAGAUCUAGAGACUCAAGUACGUGAGAUCGCUGCCAGAGAAGGGGUAACCCUCCCUAGGACAAACCCUCUGGCCCUCACAUCUAUCACCAUCGCCACCCGCAGGCGCUCCACGUCCCCCUCUCCCUCUAUGUCGACUGCGCCUCCCAUCAGUCCAGGAUCAGAGCCACUCCACCUGACUGAGCUCUCCACAGGAGCAGUGCAACACCCUAAAACUAACAGGCAGCUACCCCCUACCAUGGAUGAAGAAGAUAAGACAACCAGGGAGCCAGCCUUAGUGUUUGAGCCAAGCAGUAGUCUCUACACCAGAAACCAAAACCUCACAUCUCAGUCAGCACCAGGGAAUCAGAAGAGGCAAGAUGCUGUUGGAGGCCAGUUUAAAGAACCUCCCCCACCAUCUCAGGGUUUAGUUACUGUGGGUGUAAAUACUCAAGAUGAAAACACACAGUCUUUCAGGCGAGAUGACGAGUUAUCUGUCCAGGACAGCUCUGUUUCUGGUGUUGGUCAUGAAGCUGAACAGGCCACUGGUUCGUCCACCUCUGAAUCUCCAGCUGGGACCAGUCACGUCUCACAUGUCCAUCUCACUCUGUCCCACAAAGCCACUGAUCACAGGUUGGCCACUGUUGUCCACACCAAUCAUGCUGAUGCCACCACUGGGCUGCCACAUAAAGAAUUUGUUCCCCUCCGGCAUUCUUCUUCUGCUGCCAGCAGUCCGGACGAAGGAGUCGGUUUGUCCAGUCCACCAGAGUGGUAUGACACCACAGAACCAAUAAGACAGCGGAGACCUGAAAGAGCCGACACCUCCACCCUGUUCCAUACCGCUGUGCAUCAAAGGAUGACCUCCCCAUCCCCACAAUCAUAUACACCGUGUGAAAGAGGUGUAGUUUCACCAAGACCCUUAACCACUGAAACAGCAGCAGUGCCCGUUCUGUUGCCUUAUAAACCCCGUGGCAGUGAGGAGCUCUUCUACAUCCCUCAGACAGAAGCUGACUUCUACUCUACCAACCCUUCUGACACCACCAUGGAGAGCUCCCACACAGGAUCAGAUGACGCUGUGCCCCCACGCUUCAGCAGUGAGGUCCUCGGGCAACGAGACCCGGGGUUGGACCGUGGAGUCACCAUCAAACACACAGAGGGCAUCUACAGCAAAAGGUUGAAAACAGCCACCUUUAAAAUGCACCAGCCUGGACACAGAGGUGCCUCUUUAUCAGCAGAUGAAACCUCACAAACAAACGUGACACGAGCUCCAAAGCCAUCUUCUCAUGUAUCAGUUGAUUUUACCAGAGUGCCUUUAUCGAGCAACCAAGACGCCUCCAAGAGAGACCAGGGGACCAGUGCAGUGCAGUUCCUCAAUUAUCAACCAAAGUCAAGCCGUGAGACAUUUCAGCUAGUAAAUGUGGACAUGGACCACAACAAGGUGAGCCAUCACCUGGACCAAAACUGUGUCCCUCAGACAAGAGGGGACGCUGACUUGCCUCACCCUGCUGCCCAGCAGAGCAACAGCACUCUGGACCAGCUGUGGCAGAAGUUCUGUGAUCAGUGGAGGCUAGAGGAGUCCCGACCGACCACUGACCGAGAGGCAUCACUGCUGGAGCGACUAGAGCGCCUGUCCCGUCUUAUUCAAAGCACAAGGGCUGCUAACACGUCCGAGCUACAAGAGGAGGCACACUUUCAUCCAGAAGAAAAGCCAGGAAGGAGGGGAGAAGAUGUUACAGAGAAAGAAAGAAAGAGGCAAAUUGGAGAGGCGAACAGGAGUUUAGGUGGUGAGGUCAGAGAAAUGGAGUGGAAAGUCAGAGGAAGGAGAACAGUUGAAGGUAAACCUCCCAUCCCUCAUCAGGCCUGGACACAGAGGCUUCAGGUAGAUGAAACUUCUCAACCUGCAGACGAGGACAGCCGUGACUCCUUCACCUCCAGCUUCACGCACGACUCCGAGAGUCAACACCUCUGUCCUGCAGACAGAGACGAGUCAGAAACCUUGUCCGCCAUGUCCAGCUCUAUGUCCACUGUGGACACAGCACGGCUGAUCCGAGCCUUCGGAGCUCACAGAGUCCAGCACCUGAAGACGGGCUCCAGCCUCAGUAAACUGUACAGCACCAUCAAUAAGCAGAAAGAAGGAAGGGAACAGAGGAGAGGAAGACACAAAGCCCCGCCUCACAUCAUCACACUGUCAGAGACCACCGGCACUGAUGAUUCCACAGUUGCUGCUGAUUCUGCAUCAUCAACCAGCACUUACACCCUCCCAUCACACCAUGGCCCCACCAGGACUCUGGCAGCCAAGAAGGCUGUUAAACUGGUCAGCAAAGGAAUCCAGGCAGGUGACCUGGAGCUUGUUAGUAAUGGGACUCGACGCCACACCAGAGAUGUUGGGACCACAUUCCCUUCACCCGGUGAAGCCAGAACAUCCAGGCAGAUCUCAUCUUCCUCAUCCAGCUUAGAGAGAGGAAGAGGAGGGCAGAGGAGCCCCUCUAAGACGCAGGGGUUACAGAAACAGAGAAGGAGCAAGAAAAGCCCGUCAAAGACCCAAACUGAAGGUGUUUCAUGGUUCAUAUCUGCUGACGACCUGAGGUCAGAGGCGAGGAAGGAAAACCGUCCAGAGGAAGAAGAGUCGUCAUGGAGGCCAAACACUGCCUGGUUUGAACCGUACAGCAGAAUCAAUCCAUGGAGAGAACCGCUUAUACAGAGACAAGUCCACGAAGACAGAAACAAACAGACCAGUUUUGUACCUCAUGCUGAACCUGAUUUAGAUUCAAGAAGCAAAACAAAGUCCUCUGGUCUGGCACGUAUCUCUCUCCAGGAAGCUCUGGAGAUGCGUCGUCCAGAGUUCAUCUCUCACUCCAGGCAGAGGGUGAGGCGCUUGGCUCUGCAGGUGGAGGAGAGGAAGCUGCAGGAAAUCCUCAGCAGAGAGAGAGACGAACUCUUCAGCCAGCCUGGAGGACCAGAGAGGCUGCCAAGGCCUGCAGGCACCGCUCUGCUGAGGAGAGCUGUUCCCAGGAAGGAGAUGAUACAGAGGUCCAAACAGAUUUAUGACAAUCUGCCAGAGGUGCAGAGGAGGAAGGAAGAGGAAAGAAGAAAAGCAGAGUAUCGAUCUUACCGGCUGAACGCUCAACUCUACAACAAGAGAAUCACCAGCCGAGUCCUGGGCAGACGAACAGCAUGGCAGUGAUCAAACAGACCAGUGAAACUUUUUACUGUAGAUGAAAUCAAUGAUGUGACAACAUAUUUACAAUUUUAAUAACAUUACGAACAAAACUACCUAACUUAACUAAAAACUAGCUUUAAUUUAUGUGACCAUUUUUUUUAGUUGCUAUUUGAAAGAUUAUGUGGAAAAGUAGAAUUCUGCUUUUUACUUUUUCCUACUUAAAGACCAGUGGAAUGUUUUAAUUGGUUAAAACUUGAAAGGAUGUUUUAAUGUAAAAAAAAAUAAACCACAUUUUGCAGAUUCUUUAA